GAUUUAAAAGAAUAUGGCCACAUGCCACUGAUAGUAUUUUCUAGGGUUUGUUAUGUUAUGGGCUGGGUGAGUGAUAUUAUAAAUAAGGAUAAGUUAUUUUAAAGGCGUAAAUUGUGAUUCUUUGCAGCCGAAGAAAUAUCGAUGGAUAGGGCUUUGUUGGCGGAAAGCAGUGUUGAAAGAGGUAGGCAGGUGAAAUCGAAACGGAAACGGAAGCGGAAGCAAAGAGUUGGCCGGAAAAAUGUUGAAGAUGAACCUGUGUAUACUGUUGAAAGAGGGCUGAAAUCAGAACGGAACCAUGUUGAAGGUGAUAUGGAUGUUGUUGAAAGAGGUUCACGGCUGAAAUCGAAACGGAACCAUGUUGAAGGUGAUCUUGCGGAUUCGAGACUCAAGAAACCGAUGAAAAUCAAAAUCGCCGAGGCUGACUAUCAUAGACGCCCUCGAUGCAUAAAUCUAAAUCCCUUUGAUGCUGUUUGCCCUCCAUCAAGUCUAAGGUUAGUAGGUGGUGUCUGUCCCUUUCCCAUAACUGAAUCUAGUCGCCAUCGUCUCGUUCUACUUUGUGAAACUGCUUUGAAAAAGUAUAACAAAAGAAAUAACCAGGGUCCAAAAUUUGAGUUUGAAGACCUUGUCAAGUCAAACUGUACCCUUCCUGGAUUGUUUUUUAUUACCUUUAAAGCAAAAAAAAAGCAAGAUGGUUCCACAGCCAUUUUCCAGGCCGAAGUUUUCAGAGAUUUUAGUGAUCAGAUUAGGGUCAUGUCUUGUGCCAUCAAAAACUAACCAUGGUAUUAAUGUUGAAGAUUUUAUGUUUAGUUGAAUGAUUUGUUCUUGGAUCAUUGAUGUGAAUUUCUUUGUGGAAAA